AUGAUCUCAACUUUGCGAUGCGCUGUCGCUUGGGCUUUUGUCCUGAUGGCUCUCGUAGGCUCUCCUUCAGAAGCCACAUCAGACGGCACUCAUGCAUACCCUUCCAUCGUUGCUCGAGAUUCUAGGCCAUGGCAAGCUAGACACAGAAUGACUUCUUCCGACUUCCAAGACGUGUUCGACAAGCUGGUUCAUGAAAAGUACCGUCUCACCUAUGUGAGCGGCUACACUAUCAACGAUGAUCCGCGUUUCGCAGCGAUAUGGGACCAAAAUGUUACUUCGGAUUGGGCAGCGAGACACGGCAUGACUGGCGCUGAAUACCAGGGUCAGUUCGAUGCUUUCGCUAGCAGGGGCUUCCGGAUCCGUCUCGUCAACGGAUACACCGUCGCUGGAGACGCUCGGUAUGCAGCCAUAUGGGACAAAUCUGCGGGCCCAAUGCCGAUCGCUAGGCAUGGCUUCAGCUCCUCUGAAUACCAGAAGGCAUUUGAUACUUUUGUCUCACAGGGGUACCGACUGAAGCAUGUCAGCGGCUACUCGCAAGGGAAUCAGGCGCAAUAUGCGGCGUUGUGGGAGAAGUCGUGGAAUAGCAGUGCAUGGGUUGCACAUCAUGGCAUGACGACGUCUGAGUAUCAGACGUUGUUUGAUAAGUAUGUGGGUCAAGGCUUCCGUCUUGUUCAUGUCAAUGGCUAUGUGGUCAACAAUGUGGAUUAUUAUGCUGCGGUUUGGGACAAAUCGCCAAGUGGCCCUUGGGUUGCGAGACAUCGGAUGUCGUCGGACGACUACCAGAAUGAGUUCAAUAAAUGGGUGGGUGGAGGAUAUCGGUUAAUGCUGGUAAGUGGGUAUACUUUGAACUCAGAUCAAGAUAUGUAUGCUGCACUUUGGAUCAAAGAGUAGUAAGGUUUUGGAUAUUUUUUAGGUACUCAAGGCGCAGUAUGCUCUCUAAACCGGAGACUUCAAGGAAAUUGUCAACGAAAUACAAUUCGCGACGAAGAGUUGCCUCGCUGUCCGUGCAAAUGUCGUAUGUGCACCAAACGUGACGAUUCAUCGAAACCCACAUGAUUAGACGGAAAGGUAGCUUGAUUGAAAUGGUACAUUCAUUCGAAAAGAGUCAGUUCAAUUCGAUGACCAACCCGCCGCCAGGCCGGGCAGAUUUUCAC